CACUCCGAUAAACUUUGAUUGAAACAAAUCUCACAUGAUGAAAUUACAAGGCGUAUAAUAUUGAGAAGAAUGAAUGGGAGGAUUGAGAAGUGCAGCUGUUGGGCGCGGGGCUGUGGGGUGGAGUGGAGUGGGCAGAGAGAGGGGCAGCAGCAGCAGACAGCUCUGCGCUCUCAGCACUCCUCUGCCGUGCUCUGCUGUGCGCUGCGCUGAGUAAAGGAAGCACGACUCUCUUAUCACGUCACUCUGUGUUAAGGCGUUGAGCAGGAAACAGCCUUUCCUCUUGGAUCGUCGCAGUAGGAGCAAACACGAUAUUUUUUCCCUUACUCAAUGCACCCCUCGGCACAGAAGCCCCGGAAACCGGCCAGAAGGAAAAAUGCCUCCUUCGGAGAAGAUAGUUGUUCUGAUUUUUGGACUUCUGGUGCUGGAAUCGUCCUGGAAUGCACAACACAGCCCAUGGUUCGCCAGCGCGCUACAGAUCCAACAGGCGUUCGCCUCUUCAAACCAGACCAAUAACUUUGUGGUGGAUGAGGUGAGUAGAAAAGUCUACCUGGCUACGGUGAACAUGGUCUACCAGCUUAACAGGACCCUGAGCGUGGAGGUGGAGAAGAGAACGGGGCCGGUGGAGGACAACCUGUUGUGCCAUGCGCCGCAGCUUCCCCAAGCGCCCUGCGAGCACCCCAAAUCCCUCACUGACAACUUCAACAAGCUGCUCGAGCUGGACCGCGUGCAGGGGGUGCUGGUGGUAUGCGGCUCGGUGUACCAGGGCUUCUGUGAGCUCAGGAAGAUGGAAAAUAUAUCCCAGAUAGCGGUGGAGUUUCCCCCUCAGGGCGAGAAGACCGUGUUCCCCAGCAUGCUGAAUAUCGCCGCGAACCACCCCAACGCUUCCACCGUGGGGCUCAUCUUCAGGAGCCAUGGGGGGAACACCCGACUCCUCGUCGGGGCCACUUACACCGGCGUCGGGACCACGUUUUUCCCCAAGAACCACAGCAAGGAGGACCUGCGUUUCGAGAACACACCCGAAAUCGCCAUUCGGUCCCUGAACAUCAAUGAUUUAUCUAGGCUGUUCACGUAUGACAUCAACCCGUCCGAGGAUAACGUCUUCAAGAUCAAACAGGAGGUGAAGCAGAAGAAUAAACUAAACUUUGUCCAUGCCUUCAUUCAGAACACCUACGCUUAUAUUGCUAUCAACAAUGACGCGAAUAUGGGCCACAAGGAGAGCCAGCCGAACAGCAUCCUGGCCAGGAUAUGCCUGGACACCGAGAUCCCCAGAACAUCCACAUCGGAGAGCCGUAAACUCACUGAGUCCUUCAUCCAGAUGCCGCUCCAGUGUGGAUAUAACGGGAACAUCUACAACCGUCUCGUCUCCGUUCACGACGCGGAGAUCCACUCGGGGACCGGAGAGGGGCUGGAGUCGUACCUGUUCGGAGUGUUCACCAAAUCAGACAGAAAGUCUGCCCUGUGUGCGUUUCGGUUCUCAGAUAUCGAGGAGGAGAUCCGCCAGGGCCGGAGGAACUGCUCCAACUCCCCCAGCAGCGAGGUGCAGGUGCUGGACAGCGUCAUCCAGGGCUCGGGCGCAGCGUGCGUACACAAAGGGAAUCUGGUGCUGCAAACGGAGCAGCUGGACUGUGGAGCGGCCCACCUGCAGCACCCACUGGCCCUACAAAGGCCCUUGAGGGCCACACCCUUGUUUGAGUCCCUGGGCCUCAGCUCUGUUGCCGUGGAUGACGUACAUCACCACACUGUGGUGUUUCUGGGCACCAGCACCGGACGACUGCGCAAGCUGACCCUCCUGAAGAACCUCACCGUGGCCAAUCAGUGGGCUCUGAAGCUACCAGCCGGCGAAUCAGUGCACCACAUUAUGACCUUUGACCCCGUAGACAGGAACUACCUCUACCUUAUGACCUCUCACCAUCUCCUGAGGGUAAAGGUAGCAGCAUGUAGCCAGUACAGAACAUGCAGUGACUGUCUGGGGGCCGGCGAUGCACACUGUGGCUGGUGCACACUGGAGAGCAGGUGUUCCAUCCAGAGGGAGUGUGCCUGGGGGCCUCUGGCGCGCUCCUGGAUCGGGAUGGGCGAAGGUCCCCAGCAGUGCCCCUCCAUGACCCUCACCCCCCCAGAGAUCAGCCUGUCCACUGACAUCAAGGAUGUGGGGAUUCUGAUAAACGGCAGUGUCCCUGAUCUGGUUGGUUCGCGGGUGGAAUGUGACUAUGGAUUGGGCGUUGCCACAGCAGCCACGGUGCACCUGGACUACGGCCCAGCCCAGAUUCAGACCUGCCCCCUACUGCCUCGGGAGAGGUACCCCAACAUCCCCCCUGGCAGAGAUCACUUGACUGUUCCCGUGGCGAUAAAGGUGAACGGCACAUCCGUGGUUUCCGGGAGCUUCGUCAUCUAUGAUUGCGAGAAGACAGGAGCGAUACACCCCAAGACUGCAUGUAUCAGCUGUCUGAGCACCAGGUGGAGGUGUUACUGGGACCAGGACAGCCACUCUUGCCUCUCCUCGAAAGACGACUCCAAACAUAGCCUGCUAGAGAAUGCUACUUUCUGUCCAAGUCUUGUGGCAAAGAAUGUUGCACCUUCGCCCUCGGGGAUGACCCAGAACUUCACCCUGUUCCUAGACAACGUGGUACAGGGGGAGGAGCUAGAGUGUGACUUUGGGAACGAGCAGCGGUAUGAUUUCCGAUGGUUGGAGGACAGCUCAGGGGUCAAGUGCAGUGGAGUGACGCUAACCACUGUGGAGAGGAGUCAGGUGUUUCAGCUCAGUCUGCGUAGAAAGGGACACCUGGACAAAUACAUCGACAGCCCUAAACCCAUGACAGUGGAGGUGUAUAACUGUGGGGUGGGCAAUGGGGACUGUUCCCAGUGUUGGGGACGUGAGAACCUGGGACAUCUGUGUGGCUGGUGUGACAACAGCUGUAGACCCAGGAAUGACUGCCAGUAUAUGAAUAGCCAGUGUCCUGACCCCGAGAUCACCAAGAUCUCCCCCCAGAGUGGGCCGUUGGAGGGAGGUACCCUGCUCACGGUGCAGGGUAGGAACAUGGGGCGCAGGGCUGAUGUAGUGGAGGUCUCCAUCGGGAUGUUCCCAUGUACAAUCAUUCCUGACCAAUACACUGUCUCUGUGGAGCUGGUGUGUGUUACUGGGCAGGCCGUUGAUCCCACAAAGGAUUUCGUCAGAAUUACUGUGAACCAAAAAGCAACGGGGUUGUCCAAAGAGGCCUUCUCAUACUUGGUCCCCAAGCUGCUAUCCAUGGAGCCUAGAAAGGGCUCUCGUUCUGGGGGAACCAGGGUUACAAUCAAGGGGGAGCACCUGGACACUGGCUCCCAGAUCAGAGUCAAGGUCAAUGGUACCCAGGAGUGCACCAUCCUCACUCUAACGGAAGACACCAUUGAGUGCACCAUGCCUGCGGCCCUGCACGCACACACCGAGGCGGUGUCGCUGUGUGUGGAGUUUGAAUACAUACCCUGUCAGCGCUCUGAGCUCCUCACCCAGUACAUUUAUGAGAAGAACCCCAGCAUCAGCUCCAUCAAACCCAGACAGAGCUACCUCAGUGGCGGUCGGACCAUCACAGUGACGGGGCAGGGUUUUGACCUGGUUCAGAGCGUCACUAUGGAGGUGCUAGACAUCGGACAGGCGGCCUGUAAGGUGCAGCCUCCCUCCACGAUUACAUGCUCCUCCCCCACCUCUAGCCAAUCUCAGCAGGCCACGGUAGAGUUCUUCCUGAAUGGAGUCCUCUACACGGGAGACAGCCCGGUCUUUUACGGCCCAGGCCAGGAGGAAGAGGAGGAGCCUCACGGAGGUCACUUCCUGUUGGAGUACGUGGAGGACCCUCAAUUCUUCACCGCCAACAAGGAGAAGCUGAUCAAACACCACCCCGGGGAGCCGCUCACGCUCAUCAUCAACAAAGGACCGAGCAAUCUGGAACUGGCGCCGGAGGAAUACUCAGUAAUGAUUGGCUCCUAUCCCUGUGACAUCAGCUUCCACAACGACCAGCUGUUCCACUGCAGCAUCAACGGAUCGCUGGGCUCCAGUGAAGGAGAACUGCCUGUCACCGUGCAGGUGGGUAACUUCCAGAGGAUCAUAGCCAAGGUGCAGCUGGGUGGUAGUGAGCUGGCCAUCGUGGUGUCCAUCGUGGUGUGCUGCGUCCUGCUGCUGCUGUGCACUGUGGCUCUGGUGGUGUACUGUACUAAGAGCAGAAGGGCGGAGCGCUACUGGCAGAAGACUCUGCUGCAGAUGGAGGAGAUGGAGUCCCAGAUCAGAGAGGAGAUCCGCAAAGGCUUUGCAGAGCUGCAGACAGAUAUGACAGACCUGACGAAGGAGCUGAACAGUAGCCAGGGAAUCCCCUUCCUGGAGUACAAACAGUUUGUCACACGCACUUUCUUCCCCAAGAUGUGUUCAGACUAUGAGAGGAGUCUGGUCCAGCCCGUCUAUGAGAACAACGCCCUCGGCCCACGAGCCCUCCCUGAGACACACCCCCUUCUGCAGGACUGGCAGCCCUCUAACACAGCCAAGCCUAACAUUGAAGAGGGCAUAACUCUCUUCUCCACUCUUCUCAACAACAAGCACUUCCUGGUUACCUUCGUCCACGCGCUGGAGCAACAGAAGGACUUUGCCGUACGCGACAGGUGUAGCCUGGCGUCCUUGCUCACUAUCGCCCUCCAUGGUAAACUGGAGUACUACACCAGCAUUAUGAAGGAUCUGCUGGUGGACCUGAUCGACGCCUCGGCCGCCAAGAACCCCAAGCUGAUGCUGCGACGCACAGAGUCUGUGGUGGAGAAGAUGCUCACCAACUGGAUGUCUAUCUGCAUGUACAGCUACCUCAAGGAGACAGUGGGCGAGCCCUUCUUCCUGCUACUGUGUGCCAUCAAGCAGCAGAUCAACAAGGGUUCUAUAGACGCCAUCACAGGGAAGGCCCGGUACACCCUCAACGAGGAGUGGCUGCUCAGAGAGAACAUCGAGGCCAAGCCACAGAACAUCAACGUCUCGUUCCAGGGCUGUGGGAUGGACUCUCUGGCCGUGAGGGUGAUGAACACAGACACAAUCUGCCAGGUGAAGGAUAAGAUUCUAGAUGCCUUCUAUAAGAACCUGCCCUUCUCGCAGUGGCCCAUGGCAGAGGACGUAGACCUGGAAUGGUUUGCGUCCGGUAGUAACAGCAGGAUCCUCCAGGACCUGGAUAACACUUCAGUGAUGGAGGAUGGCAGGAAGAAACUCAACACAGUCUCGCAUUACCAGAUCCCAGAGGGGGCGUCGUUCGCCAUGAGCAUGAAAGACAAGAGAGACAACACCCUGGGGAGAGCCAAAGACUUGGACACAGAGAAAUACAUCCAUUUGGUCCUGCCUCAUGAUGAGCUGUUUGAGAAUAAGAGGUCCCACAGACAGAGUCACCGUAAGAAGGUCCUCCCUGAGAUCUACCUGACACGCCUCCUCUCCACCAAGGGAACAUUGCAGAAGUUCCUGGACGACCUUUUCCAGGCCAUCCUCAGUAUUCCCGCAGAGCGUCCCCCACUGGCCAUCAAAUACUUCUUUGACUUCCUGGAGGAGCAGGCGGACAAGAGGGGCAUCACCGACCCCGACACCCUGCACAUCUGGAAGACCAACAGUUUACCUUUGCGUUUCUGGGUGAACAUCCUGAAGAACCCUCAGUUUGUGUUUGACAUUGAUAAGACAGAUCACAUGGAUGCAUGUCUGUCUGUCAUCGCCCAGGCCUUCAUAGACGCCUGCUCCAUUUCAGACCUGCAGCUGGGCAAGGACUCUCCCACCAACAAGCUGCUGUAUGCCAAGGAGAUCCCAGAGUACAAGAAGAGGGUGCAGUGCUACUACAAGCAGAUCCAGGAGAUGGCGCCACUGAGCGAGCAGGAGAUGAACGCCCACUUGGCCGAGGAGUCACGGAAAUACAGAAACGAGUUCAAUACCAACCUGGCCUUGACGGAGAUCUACAAAUACGCCAAGAAAUACAGAAACCAGGUGGUGAGUGCUCUCGAGUCCAACCCCACAGCGAAGCGUACUCAGCUGCACCACAAGUUUGAGCAGGUCAUUGCUCUGGUGGAGGACAACAUCUAUGAGUGCAGCAGUGAGGCCUGAGUCUCCCGCCACCCAGAUUCCAGCCUAUUCCUCCUGGCUGCCUCCACCCUACCCGGGAUCCAAGGACCUAGGAAACCCCCUGUCUGUCUACCCUCCACAUAUCCCAUCUCUUUAUAGAGCCCGAAGACAGAAAAUAACUCUUUGCUUUAACUUCUUACGGCUGAGAUCGGCUGAGAUCCCGUUAACGGGAUCGACUUGACAACAGCCAGUGAAAGUGCAGGGCGCCAAAUUCAAACAACAGAAAUCUCAUAAUUAAAAUUUCUCAAACAUACAAGUAUUUAACUUGUUGUUAAUCCCACCACGGUGUCCGAUUUCAAAAAGGCUUUACGACGAAAGCACACCAUCUGAUUAUGUUAGGUCAGUACCUAGUCACAGAAAAACACAGCCAUUUUUCCAGCCAAAGAGAGGAGUCACAAAAAGUAGGAAUAGAGAUAAAAUGAAUCACUAACCUUUGAUCUUCAUCAGAUGACACUCAUAGGACUUCAUGUUACACAAUACAUGUAUGUUUUGUUCGAUAAAGUUCAUAUUUAUAUCCAAAAAUCGCAGUUUACAUUGACGCGUUAUGUUCAGUAAUGUUUUGCUUCCAAAACAUCCAGUGAUUUUGCAGAGAGUCACAUCAAUUUACAGAAAUACUCAUAAUACACAUUGAUAAAAGAUACAAGUGUUUUGCAUGGAACUUUAGAUAAACUUCUCCUUAAUGCAGCUGCUGUGUCAGAUUUUUUUUUUAAAUUACGGAAAAAGCACACCAUGCAAUAAUCUGAGUACGGCGCUCAGACACAAACAAGCCAUACAGGUACCCGCCAUAUUGUGGAGUCAACAGAAGUCAGAAAUAGCAUUAUAAAUAUUCACUUACCUUUGAUGAUCUUCAUCAGAAUGCACUCCCAGGAAUCCCAGUUCCACAAUAAAUGUUUGUUUUGUUCGAUAAAGUCCAUUUAUGUCCAAAUACCUCCUUAUUUUUGUUUGCGCGUUUAGUUCAAAAAUCCAAAUUCAUGACGCGCAGACCAGACGAAAACUAAAAAAAUUACAUUACAGUUCCUAGAAACAUGUCAAACGAUGUAUAUAAUCAAUCUUUAGGAUGUUUUUAACAUAAAUCUUCAAUAAUGUUUCAACUGGAAAAUUCCUUUGUCUUUAGCAACAAAAAGGAACGUGAGCUCAUGGCACUCUGCCAGACACCUGGUUGAAACAGCUCUCAUCCCCUCAUCCUUCACAGUAGAGGCCUGAAACAAGGUUCUAAAGACUGUUGACAUCUAGUGGAAGCUUUAGGAAGGGCAAUAUGACCCCAUAGGCACUGUAUAUUGGAUAUGCAUUUCCCACUUCCUGGUUGGAUUUUUUCUCAGGUUUUUGCCUGCCAUAUGAGUUCUGUUAUACUCACAGACAUCAAACAGUUUUAGAAACUUCAGAGGGUUUUCUAUCCGAAAAUACUAAUAAUAUGCAUAUCUUAACUUCUGGGUAACAGCCAGUUUACUCUGGGCACCUUAUUCAUCCAAGCUACUCAAUACUGCCCCCAGCCAUAAGAAGUUAAGAAAGAUUUUGCUUUAAGACUGGAAGAGAUGUCAGCUUGAGCUUUACUGUACCACCCCUAACCCAAGACUGCCUCAGAAACCUCAUUGGGAGCACUGUACCAUGGAUUAAGAAAUGUCCUAAGAAAUGUACCUUGUAUUGAGCAAUUGCUUUAGAUACUGAGGAAUUGAUACCCACGUCCCUUAUAUCAAAUAUAGAAUCUCUGGAUCCUCUCUUUGGCUGUGUUGACUCUUCUAUUCACACAUGGAUAUAACCCCAAGCUGGUUUCCUGCUUAUUCACACCUGGCUUAAAUCUCACUCUGGUUUCACACUGCUUUGACCUGAAGCAUAGUGGAGUUAGAGGAGGCACUUGGAGAUGGACCUUAUUCUGGAUGACGUCACCGCCUCUGGGACCUGGAUCCCCGGCAACCAUCUUACGCACUGACCCCCUUUUUCUCGGGGGACGAGCCAAUGAUGCACUGUACUGUAUGAUAAAUGUCCAUAGCAAUAUUUAUAGCUGAGUUAUAAUGCUUUCUGAGUGGCCUGUUCAAUGAUAUGUGAAUGAGAAACUCCUCCCAUCUUCUUAUAACCUGCACUGUUCUCAGGUUUGAUUGGUGGAAUGGGCAAAGAACUCCACCGGUGCUUUGAACUACAAGUCCCAAUGUGCUUUGCAAGUUGGUGAUGGGUUAUGGAGGAGUAGAGAGUAUAAUUAGAUGAUUUAUUUAGGUGACGUUUCAUGUGCCAGACCUGCUUGCAAAGAGACUAGACUCUAUAUAAUUACAUUGGAUGUGUUCAUGUGAAGACAGGUUGAUCUGUUUUGGAAGUGACUGAGAACGAAGAUUGAUGACCAAGAGGGAAAUUUAGAGUGAAACUAUGACCUUCAGUUAACUGUUUGACAUGACUGUACUUGUGAUGCCAAAAUGACUUGGGUCUUGUCAGAGAUUGUGAAAAUAAAUGCUAUUAUGCUAUAAUAUAGUAUAAAUGUUAUGAAA